AUUUCCUUCUGUGUGGCGGGCAUGGUGUUCUUGUAGGAUGAAGAUCGAGGGAAACGGGGAGUAAGUGAUGGGCGUUUCGUCACCGGAGCAGCCUGGACCGCAGGUUUAUGAAAUGGGCUCGCCAGUGGGCUUCAAGGUUCAACUCCACCAACUUGCAACAACACCACAGCACGCCACACAGAACAAUGACUGACAGACGGAGGCGAGUCUUGGUCGAUAACGACGAAGACAAUGAAUGGAGAGUUGGAUCAUCUUCACAAAAGACUUAUGGCAAGCGUGGAGCACCCAACAGCUCAGGAUCUCGGAAGCGAAUUCAGAGAGGCGAUGAUAGCGAUCAAGAUGGCGACGUGCAUGCUACUAAAGUAAUACGCGGAGAAUCGUUAGGGAGUAGGGCUGAUAUUCCGGCCGAGGAUUUUGAGAGACUGGUCAAAGAUGUGGUGCGCCUGGCAAUUUUUACAUCUCAUUCAGAGCAGGCGUUGAAGAGAGAUGAUAUCAAAAGCGUGUUGAAUGAUCACAACAAGUUGUUCGACACUGUUCUCCAAAAGGCACAGGAACGACUUCGGGAUAUCUUUGGCAUGGAACUGAUCGAGCUUACGACUAAGGGUCGAUCUGGUCAGGCAUCUGAGAAAGGAUCUAAGUCAUAUAUGCUGAGGAAUGUCCUGCCAAUGAAUCUGAUUGCAAGCGGCAUCGUAGAUUGGAGCGCAGAACUGGAAGAUCUGGGUCUUCUGAUGGUCAUCCUCAGUUUGAUCAUGGUCCGAGAGGGGGCCAUCUAUGAGAGUGCACUCAUGUCUCACCUUCGACGGUUGGCACUCACGGAAGACAACUCGCCUUUCGGUGAUAUCCAAAAGAAGAUGGAUGUCCUGAUCAGGAAGCGCUAUCUAGAGAAGUACAAACUUGAGCACAUGGAUGAAUCUGGCGAGAAGGCAGAAAUGGAAUAUCGGUGGGGCCCGCGCGCAAGGAUUGAAGUCCCAGAAGAGAACGUUGUGAAUUUUAUCCAGGAGGUCUUUGGCCGGGAAGCACCUCUUAAUCUGGAAGCCAGCAUUCUGAAGGCGGCACGAAUCAAGGGCAAAGAAGCAGCCCAGGGGCAGUAACGCAGGCUUGCUAUCCAUCUGUCGCCUUAGGAGACUAGCAUUCCACUCCUAAUGUAUAUUAUAAGCAUAAUGUUAGCUGUAUUCGAGAAUUAUGGCAUAGCGGCGAUGAUGAUAAUGCAUACGGGGGGCUGUUCCUCCUCUAUGCAUGUGCAAUAGAC